AUGAAAACAGGGGUCUUCGGAGCUGAGAUUGCUGUGGUCACCAAGAGACAGAGGUCCGAGGUGCCCUACAUCGUACGCCAGUGCGUGGAGGAGCUCAAGCGCCGAGGCAUGGAGGAGGUGGGCAUCUACCGCGUGUCCGGAGUGGCCACGGACAUCCAGGCACUGAAGGCAGCCUUCGACGUCAAUAACAAGGACGUGUCGGUGAUGAUGAGCGAGAUGGACGUGAACGCCAUCGCAGGGACGCUGAAGCUGUACUUCCGUGAGCUGCCCGAGCCCCUCUUCACCGACGAGUUCUACCCCAACUUCGCCGAGGGCAUCGGUGAGCACUGGAGGCCUUGGCCUCAUGGGAGACGUCUCCUCCACAUGCACUGCUGCCCUUGGAGGCUGUGAAAAGUGAUGUGUGGGAACCUGAGCUGUGCCCCCUCUGCCAUGGUCGGUGUUUUAACCCAACCUCAGAAAACAGGACCAAAAUCAAGCCUGUCCUGGAAGACCUCGCCCAUCCCCAGAGGGCUCCCCGUCCCUAUUCCUCAAGGAGACCAAGAGGGUGAAAUGGUCAGCACUGCCGUGCUGUGGGGUCCUAAAGUCUGCU